GGGGGGUUCCGGGGCGCAGGGAGGAUUUGCGUUCACACACACGCAGGCUGGCAGACGGGAUCCGCGAUUUCCCGGCGCUUUCUUUCCACCAGGAUUUUUUUUGUUGUUGUUCCCUUUUGUCGGCGCAAAGUGAGGGAAGCCGCAGGCUGGUAAACUGAGGCCAUUUCCCUUGGAUUUUGGAAGGGGGGGGGGGUUUGUUUUUUUUUUUUUUUUGGAAGCGACGCGUUUUGCUUUUUUUUUUUUUUUUUUUAAAUUGUUGCGAAGAAGAAGAAAGCGUGCGGGGGGGGGGGGGGAGACAAAGCCCGCAAUUAAACUGCAGUUGUGUGUGUGUGUGUGUGGGGGGGGGGGGGGUUGGAACCUAACAAAAGGCAAAAGAAGAUACACAAGAGAAGCUGCGCCCUGGUUGUUGACGGGACCCCGAAUCGGCCGGCGGGGCGCCGCAAUGCUUCCCGGCGGGACCCCGGAGCAGAAGCCCAGAUCCUAAACUGCUCCAGAUGUGGAGUCCCGCAGCUGGCUGGACCAAGCAGAAUUGGGAUCUGGCCACCGGUUUCUUUUGCGGGAUCGGGAUGCACCGGUGUCUCGGCGACUGAUCAGACGGGGGGGACAGGACCCUUCUCUGUCGCCGCGCCCAACCCCUUCCCUCUGCGCCACUAAGUCGCAGGGCGUCAUUUUCUUCUGAGAGGAGCCCAGCCAGCGGAUCAAAAUAGAGUCCCUCAAGGUGACGGUCGACUUCCUGAAGGUGCCCCUUGGCCUGAAGAAGCCCGCGCUGAAGGAGGCAGCGGCCACUUUGGCUGCUGUCCCCGUCGGGAGACCCAAGUCCGUCACCGUGGAGCGCUACAAGGCCCGGCGCUCUGACAACAUGGACAACGAGUCGCAGUACUCGGGGUACUCCUACAAGUCGGGGCACUCGCGCAGCUCCCGCAAGCACAGAGACCGGCGGGACCGGCACCGCUCCAAAAGCCGGGACGGGAGCCGGGGAGACAAGUCAGUGACCAUCCAGGCCCCGGGGGAGCCCCUGCUGGAUAACGAGUCGACCAGAGGAGAUGAGAGGGAUGACAACUGGGGCGAGACCACCACGGUGGUGACGGGCACCUCGGAGCACAGCAUCUCGCACGAUGACCUCACGCGCAUCACCAAGGAUAUGGAGGACAGCGCCCGCCUGGACUGCUCCCGCCACGUGGGCGUCUCGCUGGGCGGGGCCCUGGCGCUGCUCUCCUUCCUCACCCCGCUGGCCUUCCUGCUGCUGCCCCAGCUGCUGUGGCGGGAGGAGCUGGAGCCCUGCGGCACGCCCUGCGAGGGGCUCUUCAUCUCCGUGGCCUUCAAACUCCUCAUCCUCCUGCUGGGCAGCUGGGCCCUGUUCUUCCGCCGCCCCAAGGCCUUCUUCCCCCGCGUCUUCGUCUUCCGGGCCCUGCUCAUGGUGCUUGUCUUCCUCCUCGUCGUCUCCUAUUGGCUCUUCUACGGCGUGCGCAUCCUGGACUCGCGCGACCGCAACUACCAGGGCGUGGUGCAGUACGCCGUCUCCCUGGUGGACGCGCUGCUCUUCGUCCACUACCUGGCCGUGGUGCUGCUGGAGCUGCGCCAGCUCCAGCCCCAGUUCACGCUCAAGGUGGUGCGCUCCACCGACGGGGCCAGCCGCUUCUACAACGUGGGCCACCUCAGUAUCCAGCGCGUGGCAGUGUGGAUCCUGGAGAAUUAUUACCAUGAUUUCCCCGUCUACAACCCCGCCCUCCUCAACCUGCCAAAAUCCGUCCUGUCCAAGAAAAUGUCCGGGUUCAAGGUGUACUCGCUCGGCGAGGAAAACACAACGAACAACUCGACGGGCCAGUCCCGGGCCGUUAUUGCCGCGGCCGCCCGGAGGCGUGACAACAGCCACAAUGAAUACUACUACGAAGAGGCCGAGCACGAGCGCAGGGUGCGGAAACGCCGCGCCAGGCUGGUGGUGGCCGUGGAGGAGGCCUUCACCCACAUCAAGCGGCUGCAGGAGGAGGACCAGAAGAACCCGCGGGAGAUCAUGGACCCGCGAGAAGCUGCCCAGGCCAUCUUCGCCUCCAUGGCCCGGGCCAUGCAGAAGUACCUGCGCACCACCAAGCAGCAACCCUAUCACACCAUGGAGAGCAUCCUGCAGCACCUGGAGUUCUGCAUCACCCACGACAUGACUCCCAAGGCCUUCCUCGAGAGGUACCUGAGCGCUGGGCCCACCAUCCAGUACCACAAAGACCGCUGGCUGGCCAAGCAGUGGACACUGGUCAGCGAGGAGCCGGUGACCAAUGGCCUGAAGGACGGGGUAGUCUUUGUCCUGAAGCGCCAAGACUUCAGCCUGGUGGUGAGCACGAAGAAGAUCCCCUUCUUCAAGCUCUCCGAGGAGUUUGUGGACCCCAAGUCACAUAAGUUUGUCAUGAGGCUGCAGUCAGAAACCUCGGUGUGAACUGCAAAGGAGGCAGGUUGGGCUAUGGGCUCAUGCCUGAGGAGGAGCAAGCUCCCUCCAGGACUCUCUCUUUUUUGACCGGAGCUCAGAGAGACCACCAUGCAGGGAGAGCCCUGUAAGAACCUCCCGGAACCAGCGUGCAUGUCCUAGGGCUCCGUCUCCUCUCUCUGCCCUCCUCCAUCUCUGCUUGCCCCCCAUUUGGGGGUUGGGGGCAGAGCCCUUUCCUCUUCCUGUCUCUGCUGUCUCCAAAACCCAGAUUCUUGUAGCAACCUCCCGGGAGGUCGGAAGGUGCGUCACGCGAAAGCUGGUAUUUUAGCAGGAAGAAGAUCGCUCAUUUGGUGCCAAAACUCAAGGGCUACUUUUGUUCCUUCCUUCACCAGCGUCUCCAAAUGCAGCUGGGUCCGAGGAACCUUCUCAGUUUCCCUUUUUUUUUAUUACUAUCCCGAUCCUGGCCUUUUUUACAACUCCCCCGGAUGUUUGGAGUUUGUUUUUUAAAUCCCCUCGCGUGAGGCUUUUGGAGCAUUUGCAAGCGUCCCUCCAGUAUCGUGGCUGCUAUCGAAACCUCCCUGCUCCACCUGCGGGCAGGAAAAGACAAACUAACGAUGCCGACUCUGGUAUAGGAACCUCCUCUUUGGCUCUUCUCUGGGGUUUUCCAGAUCAAUUUUUUAACAACGAGAAGACUAGUUUUAAAAAAAAUUUUAAAUAGGGAUUUUUUUUGUGUGUGUGCUGAUCUCUGUGCUUUGUAAUGGAAUCCUGUGGUUUUUUUUGUAAAUAGUGACUCAAACCGGCCCAGUUCCACUUCCUUGACUAACUGGAUCCAAUUCCUCCUUUACACCAAGGGCAUCUUUACACCACUCCGGCAGUGUAAGGGGGCCUUAAAGUGGAUGACAAGUAGGGUUACGCUGCCGGAGUGCCAUAAAGGGGCCUUUGUGUCCAGGAGAAUCAGGCCGUCCCCGAUAAGUUGGUGAAUGUUUCUGCAUUGCAGGAUUUGAGCAGAGUGACUCAUCCACCUUGUACUGAGGCCUCAGGCUGUUCUCUGUCUGGACGCUGAGCUUUGGUUUAGCAGUUGGGAUUUAUAGGAGAAACCGCACCAAAUCUCUCCCAUGCCCUGGGAAUCAUCCCCAGCCUCGGGCGAGUAAAGCCACUGUGACUCUUGCUUUUGUUAAGGGUCAUGACAGCAAGGUACAUGCUUAACUUUACCUCUCUAAGGUACUUACCUGGCCCCCAUCACCACAGCGUCUUGGGGGCUCACCGCUCACCGCUCUCCUGUGCGGUCGGGCAGUGCUGUUGUCCCUGUUCUGCAGCACAGGUCAGCUACGCUAAGGGACUUGCCCAAGGAAUCGGUGGCGGAGAAGGGGCUCAAACCCACAUCUUGUAGGCCCAGGAACCUAACCACUAGCCCAUCCUUCCUCUGACCCUCACCCCCAGCGGGUGUAACCCAGCCUAGGGCCAUUACCUGUAAUGGAGCUCUGCUGACUUAUACCCGCUGAGAUUCUGGCCUGCUGAUAUAAGUGGAACUGCUCUUGUACUGGAAGUCAGGUGUGUGCUUUAACGGCCUUGCUGGUUCAGGGCCUAUCGUCACACGCACGUUUGGUGCGAAAACAGCCCCUCCAACUG